GCUGCAUUGAUAGUGCUGCCUCCCUCAGUGAUGAUGUCACUGGCUCAGUCAGGCUCAGCAUCACUGCUCUGAGCAGCCAGCAGAGCCAUUUUGGCUUCUGCAUUACAGACAGCAUCAGGUCUUCUCCUUUAAAAAGCCUCCACCCGGAUCAAGCAGGCCUCGCCGGGCAUCCAGAUACCCCUUUCCCCCCUCUUCCAAGGACCUCCCUCUCCAUCGGGGGAUUGAGGACACGGGGGAUAUUCUUUGAUUUGUCCCAGAACUAGACCUCUGGGAGCAAAUCACCAGAUCUACAGUGUAGUAAAGAGCUCAGAAGACAAAUACAGCACUGUAAAGGUUUGUGUCUGUUGGUGUGGACAGUGGGAGCUGUAAGGAGGCGCCAUGGCGGGGGCCUCGGUGAAGGUGGCGGUGCGGGUUCGCCCCUUCAACUCGCGGGAGAUGAGCAAAGAGAGCAAGUGUAUCAUCCAGAUGUCAGGAAACACAACCACUAUCAUCAACCCUAAAGUACCCAAAGAAACCAAGAGCUUCAGUUUUGAUUACUCUUACUGGUCACAUACCUCGCCAGAGGACAUCAACUAUGCGUCUCAGCAGCAGGUCUACAGCGACAUUGGCGAGGAGAUGCUGCUCCAUGCCUUUGAGGGCUACAACGUCUGCAUUUUUGCUUAUGGCCAGACUGGUGCUGGCAAAUCAUACACCAUGAUGGGCAAACAAGAAAAGGACCAGCAAGGAAUAAUCCCACAGCUGUGUGAGGAUCUUUUCACUAAGAUCAAUGACAGCAAUACUGACAACAGCAUGUCCUAUUCUGUAGAGGUGAGCUAUAUGGAGAUUUACUGUGAGCGUGUACGGGACCUGCUGAACCCCAAAAACAAAGGGAACCUGCGAGUGAGAGAGCACCCACUGUUAGGCCCUUACGUGGAAGAUCUCUCCAAACUCGCUGUCAUGUCCUACAAUGACAUUCAAGACCUGAUGGACUCAGGAAAUAAGGCCAGGACGGUGGCUGCCACCAACAUGAAUGAAACAAGCAGUCGCUCUCAUGCUGUCUUCAACAUCAUCUUCACACAGAGAAGGCACGACUCAGAGACAGACAACACGUCUGAGAAGGUCAGCAAAAUCAGUCUGGUGGAUUUAGCCGGCAGUGAAAGAGCUGACUCCACUGGAGCCAAAGGCACUCGGCUCAAGGAGGGAGCAAACAUAAACAAAUCCCUCACCACACUAGGGAAAGUCAUUUCAGCUUUGGCAGAGGUGGAUUCUGGAUCAAACAAGAACAAGAAGAAAAAGAAGGUGGAAAGUUUUAUCCCAUACAGAGAUUCUGUACUCACAUGGUUACUUCGAGAAAAUUUAGGUGGAAAUUCUCGCACUGCCAUGGUAGCUGCUCUCAGUCCUGCAGACAUCAACUAUGACGAGACUCUCAGCACGCUCAGGUAUGCAGACAGAGCUAAGCAGAUCCGCUGUAACGCUGUCAUUAAUGAGGACCCCAACAACCGGCUGGUGCGUGAGCUGAAGGAUGAGGUGUCACGCCUGAAAGAGCUCCUCUACGCCCAGGGCUUAGGUGACAUCAUUGAAACAUAUCGGGGUCCAGCUGAUGACAAUGCUGGUUUGGGUUUGAAAUACUUUUCUGAUUACAAGAACAAUAACAAUACUGGCCAAGCUGUCAAUGAAAGGGGUGAUUUCUCCGCAGUGACCAAUGCCAUGACAGGGAUGAGUCCCUCCCCCUCUCUCUCCGCCCUGUCCAGUCGUGCUGGAUCCAUUACCAGCCUGCAUGACCGCAUCAUGUUCAGCCCUGGGAGUGAAGAGGCCAUUGAGAGGCUCAAGGAAACAGAGAAAAUCAUUGCUGAGCUCAAUGAAACAUGGGAGGAGAAGCUUCGCCGUACUGAGGCCAUCAGGAUGGAAAGAGAGGCCCUGCUUGCUGAGAUGGGUGUAGCCAUGAGGGAAGAUGGAGGAACUGUUGGCGUCUUUUCACCCAAAAAGACUCCUCAUCUGGUGAACUUGAAUGAAGAUCCUCUGAUGUCCGAGUGUCUCCUUUACUACAUUAAAGAUGGAAUCACCAGGGUGGGAAGAGAGGAUGCAAUGACAAGGCAGGACAUUGUCCUCAGUGGACACUUCAUAAAGGAUGAGCACUGUAUUUUCACUAGCAGUGCAGGACCUAUGGGAGAAGUCAUUCUGGAGCCAUGUGAAGGAGCCGAGACCUACGUCAAUGGGAAGAAAGUGACAGAGCCCACUGUUCUCAGAUCAGGGAACCGCAUCAUCAUGGGGAAGAGCCAUGUGUUCCGCUUCAACCACCCGGAGCAGGCGAGGCAGGAGCGGGAGAGGACUCCAUGUGCCGAGACUCCGGCAGAGCCCGUAGACUGGGCCUUCGCUCAGAGAGAGCUGCUAGAGAAACAGGGCAUCGACAUGAAACAGGAGAUGGACCAGAGACUUCAGGAGCUGGAGGACCAGUAUCGCAAAGAGAGGGAGGAGGCCAAUAACCUUCUGGAGCAACAGAGACUAGAUUAUGAGAGCAAGUUGGAGGCCUUGCAAAAGCAGGUUGAUCGUUACUAUCCUGAAGCAGCAGAGGAAGAGGAUGAACCUGAGGAGGAAGUGCAAUGGACUGAGAGGGAGACCGAGCUGGCGAUGUGGGCUUUCAGAAAGUGGAGGUGUUACCAGUUUACCUCUCUCAGAGACCUUCUCUGGGGCAAUGCCAUCUUCCUCAAAGAGGCCAAUGCCAUUAGUGUGGAGCUCAAAAAGAAGGUGCAGUUUCAGUUUGUGUUGCUGACCGACACACUGUACUCUCCGCUUCCUCCUGACUUACUGCCUUCUGAUGUGACUAAAGAGCGUGAGAAAAGCCCAUUUCCCCGCACCAUCGUGGCUGUGGAGGUGCAGGACCAGAAAAAUGGAGCCACGCAUUACUGGACCCUGGAGAAGCUCAGGCAGCGUUUGGACCUGAUGAGGGAGAUGUAUGACCGAGCUGCGGAGGUUCCUAGUGGUGCAACAGAGGAGUGUGACAGUGUGCUAACGGGAGGAGACCCUUUCUACGACCGUUUCCCUUGGUUCCGGCUGGUUGGGAGCAACCUCCUAUUCACCUCAUGCCUUAGUGAGCAAGCGAAAGACCCCAUCGCCUCCCCGACCCUCUCUGAUCCCACCGAGACCACUGAACCCACCGAGCUCCAGUCACGGCACUGCGGGGGUCUCGGGGCAGAGCUGGAGGACUUCACAGAUGAGCUCUUGUCCGACGACCUGUGUUCAGAGCUUGGCGAUGAAGAUGAUGACGUUUAUAAGGAUGACGAGAAGGGGCUUUGCAGAAACUCCGGCGAGGCGGAGGACCCAUUUUAUGAGCGUGCUCCUUUGUUCAGUGUAGUGGGAAGGGCCUUUGUGUAUCUGAGUAAUCUGCUGUAUCCUGUGCCCCUGGUACAUCGAGUAGCCAUUGUCAGCGAGAAGGGAGAGGUUAAAGGUUUCCUGCGUGUAGCAGUGCAGGCAAUAUCAGGCUCUCUGGUUUUUCCUCCAGCUGAUGAGGAGGCACCCGAUUAUGGCUCAGGCGUGAGGCAGUCUGGAACGGCCAAGAUCUCCUUCGAAGACCAGCAGUUUGAGAAGUUCCAAUCAGAGUCCUGCCCAGCCGGUCUCUCCCGCACCGGACUUUCCCAGGAGGAGCUGCGGAUCGUGGAGGGUGAGGGACAGAAUGCAGAGAUGGUGCCAUCCGCUGAUGAGGUGAACAACAACACCUGUGCAGCUGACCAAGAAGAUCUGGACAGCACUGUGAAAGAUGGUGUUCUGGAUGGAGCUUUGGACCACCUGAAGAUUGGAGAGGUCUUUACAUUCAGAGUCACCGUGCUCCAAGCGUCCAGCAUCUCCGCUGAGUAUGCAGACAUCUUCUGCCAGUUUAAUUUUAUCCACCGGCAUGACGAGGCGUUUUCCACAGAGCCGCUGAAAAACACUGGACGAGGUCCACCACUGGGCUUCUAUCAUGUGCAGAAUAUUGCAGUGGAGGUCACUAAGUCUUUUGUGGAGUACAUAAGGACCCAGCCUAUUGUGUUUGAAGUGUUUGGUCACUAUCAGAAACAGCCCUUCCCUCCACUGUGCAAGGAUCUAAUCAGCCCAUUGCGUCCAUCCAGAAGACAGUUCCCAAGAGUCAUGCCUCUAUCCAAACCAGUACCUGCUACUAAGCUGACGACCCUCACACGACCCACAGCCGGACCCUGCCACUGUAAAUACGACCUAAUGGUAUUAUUUGAGAUCUGCGAGCUGGAGGCCAAUGGAGACUACAUCCCUGCUGUAGUGGACCACAGAGGUGGAAUGCCCUGUCAUGGCACCUUCCUGUUACACCAGGGAAUCCAAAGAAGAGUGACAGUGACUAUAGUGCAUGAGACAGGGGGUGACAUUAAUUGGAAAGAGGUUCGUGAGCUGGUUGUAGGCCGCAUUCGAAACACACCAGAAGCAGACGAGACCAUCAUCGACCCCAACAUCUUGUCCCUUAACAUCCUGUCUGCUGGAUACAUCCAGCCAACUCCAGAUGACAGGCAGUUUCUUGAUUCGGACAUGCCUAGGACAUUCUACCGCUUUGAAGCUGCUUGGGAUUCAUCCAUGCACAACUCGCUCUUGCUGAACCGAGUGACUCCAUAUGGGGAGAAAAUCUAUAUGACUUUGUCUGCUUACUUGGAGAUGGAAAACUGCACACAGCCUACAGUAAUUACCAAAGACUUCUGCAUGGUGUUUUAUUCCCGAGAUGCAAAGCUCUCAGCCUCACGCUCCAUCAGGAACCUGUUCAGCAGCGGGAGCCUGAGGCCAUCUGAAGGAAACCGAAUUACUGGUGUGUAUGAGCUCAGUCUGUGCCACCUGGCAGAUACGGGCAGCCCAGGGAUGCAGAGAAGGCGCAGGAGGGUGUUAGACACAUCCGUGGCGUAUGUGCGAGGGGAGGAGAAUUUGGCUGGAUGGAGGCCCCGCAGUGACAGCCUCAUCCUGGACCAUCAGUGGGAGCUGGAGAAGCUCAGCCUCCUGCAGGAGGUGGAGAAAACCAGGCACUACCUCCUCCUGAGGGAGAAGCUGGAGUCCACCCUGCUGCUGGGCCAGGAGGUGCCGCUGUCCUGCGUGUGUGAAGAUCUGACCGAGUCCUCCUCCCCCUCCAAACAGCUGGGGCAGGGUCACGACCCUGACGCUGACCCCGGGCAUGAAAUUACCAAUGAAAGGCAGCGCAAGCUUGCCGCCAAGUGUUUGCGCUUGCUUACCCACACCUUCAACAGAGACUACAGUCACGUGUGUGUGAGUGCCAGUGAGAGCAAGCUGAGUGAGAUGUCUGUAACACUGAUGAGAGAUUCCACCUCGAUCUCUGACAUCAACACACUCACACCCUCCUCCACCUGUCCCUCGCUGGUGGAGGGACGCUACAGCAGCAACGCUGAGCUCAGACCCCCAGCACCUCGCUCUCGUGCCGUGAGCCCCAACCGAGGCUCUACAUCUGAUGGAGAGGGCAAGAAGUCCCCCAGCGGAGCUCCAGAGUCCAAAUCAAGGACCCACACAUUUGUCCCUGACAUUCAGGAGAUCCGCGUCAGCCCAAUAGUUUCGAAAAAGGGCUAUCUGCACUUCCUGGAGCCGCACACUAAUGGCUGGGUGAAACGCUACGUGGUGGUGCGCCGGCCGUACGUCUACAUCUACAAUUCAGAGAGAGACUCAGUGGAGAGAGCCAUCCUUAACCUGUCCUCUGCACAAGUGGAGUAUAGUGAGGACCAGCAGGCCAUGCUGAAGACUCCCUACACAUUUGCUGUGUGCACAGAGCAUCGUGGGAUACUUCUGCAAGCCGGUAAUGACAAAGAGAUGCAUGACUGGCUGUAUGCAUUUAACCCUCUCCUUGCUGGCUCCAUCAGGUCCAAACUCUCCAGAAGAAGAGCAGCGCAGAUGAGGCUUUGAGAGGAUAAAGACAACAGAGCUCACAAAGACUGUCCCUGUAAAUAGAGUCCUCCGUACCUGCGCCCGGUCCAGUCUCUAACGCUCGUCACACUCCUCCCUUCCUGUGUGUACCUGCACUCACCCUAUCUAGCACUAAGCACCUGUGUACUAAAGUCUCACAUUGCUGUGGGUCUACCAGGACCUGGCUGUUCAACCAAUAACCCUCCUAAGAAUCUAAGGCCACUAUGUUUUGGAUCAGUGUAGUAAUGGAGAUUACAAGCAUUUGCUUAGCUUCAUUUUAGAUGCUUAUAUAAUCUCACAAAAAAGCUCCAGCACUCCACAACGGAAGAAAAACAAGCCUGACACUUCCAGGUCAAGUGAAACCCAUUUUAACCAGAUUUGUUAAGAUGAGUAACAAAAAAGUAAACUAGAUGGUCAAUAUAGAGAUGUCUCAGUCACAUGACCUUACUGUGUUAUUCUUUACAGUUGAAUCCGGUCAGUAUUUAAGUCAGCCAAUAAUAUCUUUAUUGUCAGCUUCACGUUUCAGCUUCACUGACACAUGUUAAGGAGGCUGUAUUCUAAAAUGCAUACUAAAUUAUCAUACCAGAUAGUAUGUCAGAAUAGCAUGCUAUACUGUUUUACAUACUAUUUAGUAUAGUAGUGUGCAGUUUGGGAUUUAGCCAGAUUUUCUCGGUUCAGCCUUAGUGCAGGUUUUGGAUAGUCUCUAUAGAAAUUUAUAUAGGAUAGUAUGACAUAAAAAGGCCCUGCAAUGAGAAACAUCAAACAUCGCUCAUGAAGUUUUCUCACAAAACAAAACAAACAAAAAAAAAACAAAGAGAUGGACGGUUGUGUGUGAGUCUUAUCUAAAUUGUAUCAUAAUCCAGUUUAAUAUUUUCUAAAAUGAACUUAUCCCUUAAAGAUCUUAUCUCUGGUUGAUUUACUUUGAAGUUUAUAUUAAAAUCUCGUCAAGUUAGGUAUUUAUUUAACAUGCAUUUAUUUAUUUUGUUGUGUAUUUAUUGACAAUGUUUUGAUGAAGUUUAAUGCAAUUAUCUGCAAAUGGCACUUUCCCCCCAUGAGUUUUACUAACCUAUUGCUUAUGUAUCAUAUGACUCUGCCUCCUCGACCCACAGAAUACUUUCAGAGGAGAGGGACAGGGAAUAGGAUGUGACGCUGUGAUGGCUGCUACUAUGUGUAGCUCACAUGAAUGUUUCAUUUAUAAGUUGUUAGAAGCGAGAAAGAGCCUUCUGCAAAAUAUCCAGUUGCGAAACAGAGAAAGGAUCAUUACCCAGAUCAGUUAAAGACAAAAGUCUGUAUAAUCAUAAACUGCAGGUUUUUAAUGAUGUAUAUUAUAUGAUUUUACUCACGUCCCAUGUUUCUACAUUCUCAUUUGCUGCUUUCAUUCUUCAGGUCUCCCAAAUCAUGUCAGCUCAUUAAUCAAACCUCUCACCAUGCCCCACGUUUGAUAUAUUGGAGGUUGAGUUUUCAUGCUGUGCACUUAUUAUACCUAAGUCAUUUUGUAAGCAUAUCUUGUGAUUGGUCUGGUACUUCUACUUCUCAUAUACCUGCUGAAAAAUCCAGCUUGGUCUGACCAGCUAGCAGCAGCCAAAACACAGGCACAGCUAGUCAAGCUGGUAGAUCAGGGCUAUUCAACAAAUACAAUAAUUUGUAAAUGACCAGUUACAAAAAUUUCCUUGCUUGGGUCUGGAUAAGCAACUAACAUGACUGAAUGGCAACAACCAGUAUGGCUAUAAAUAAGACUAUUCAAAGUGGUUAUGUUUUGUUUCAUAGUGGAGCUUCAUGUUUGCACUUUUGACUAGUGCAGUGGACUCUGAACAUUAGAGAUACAUCCAUCAGUUUUGCAUUUGACACAAAGCAUAAACACAUACUUCUCUGUACAAUCAUCUUUAAACAUUCUGUCUUCAUUGUUGACUGUCAACAAGCCAUGUCGUCAGCACACUAAUCAAACCAGAGAGGGUAAAUAAAAAUGAAAAAUAUCAAAUUGUGUGAACAUUCUCCCCUUCUGGUCUAAUGUUUUAGUCCUGUAGCUGGUCGCUGGUCCAAUGGGCUGCCUUCAGCAAAGUAAUUUGGGCGAAUGUGUGUGAUUGCAUAAACUGAAACAGAGGAAGCCAAGCUGGAUCAUAUUCAGAAAACUGGAGGCCCUGAACUACAGCCACAAUCUGCUGCAGUAAAAAUUUUUUCAAGUACUCAGUUCAGUCCACUGAAAUACCAUGCUGGCUCUGCAUCUGGACCAUGGUCCAUCAGCUGAUGCCCCAUGUGGUAGACCAUGUUUGUCAAAUGGUACCAGUAGAAAGGGAACCAUUUCCAAAUUAUUGCUAGUAAUGCAACAUCAUAGACAAAUUUUUAAAGAAAACACAAAACCAAGGCCAUUAGAAAAUCUCAAACAUUUAUAGAUCAUUUUAAUUAAGAAAUAGGGAAGCUGAAACAUAAUAAUAAAAUAAAAGAUGAUGAUCUACUAGUUUAACCACCUCAUUUGUGUUUUGGCAGCUGGUAGCUGAUUAGACCAAGCUGGAUUUCUCAGCAGGGAUCUUUCUUGUUCACACAGAUCAACAAAUCUGCACAUGGAAAUGGACCUAACGUGUACAGUGUGUUUUGUGAUGUUCACAUAAACCAUCCUUUUUCAAGCUUCAUGUUACCUUAUAUUUCCCACAAACUACAAAAUAUUGUAGUGGAGACUGCAAGCUUAGAGGCUGCAGUAUGCAUUUUAAUGGCACUCAUACUGUAGGGUUAAUAACUAAAGUCUCAUUAUUGGUUAGUGUGUGAUAUGACUGUUGGCUUAAUGUUUAACGAGAAGAGCAAACAGCUUGUGUCUGUGUUGUUAGCGAAUUGCCACUGUUUGUGUACGAGUGAAAAUCCACACUGCGCUGCUGAAAGUGCUGGUUAUCAGAAGCUUCGUCAUGGUUAUAAUUUCCGGGAAUGUUACACACCAUUGAUUUGCGCUGUUGUGAUUGGUCAUGUUCACCUGCUUUUUUUUUCAUGAAAGUUAACCUUUACCUUUUUGAGUUUUUUUUUUAUGCUGUGUUUGUCUGCACAGGCAAAAGUGGUUUUGUUACUAUGACAAUGACUUGGAACAGAUCCCAACUAUCCGUGUUUAUUAGGACUAAGCCAGAUGGAUUGCGAUGUGGUAUUUCUCUGAGUUCUCCUUAGGGCAGAUGGGAGCAUGACUUGAGGCCAGCCAACCUCCAGAGCAUGCUUAGUAAUGCCAAGACUCAGGCUAUCUGAGUGAUAUUAUCAUCUGGAGAAAUGUGUAUUGAAGUAUAAUGGCUAUGAAUUUAUGACUAUGACUUUACUUGUUUGCUUAUGUGAACUUGACCAGUCACUGAAGCCACUUACAUUGCAAAGUGUUGACUUAUCAGAUCUACUUAUAAUGCUGUUCUUGUUAACUGCACAGUUCAAUAUAGAAAGGCGCUCUUUGUGCUGUUUGCAAUGAACAUCAUCUGAAUAAGUAUGUCCAGUUUUGCAUGGAAAGAUUGUUAAACUGCCUACAUAUCUAAACAACUGUGCUCCAGUGUUCCAGACUGUAACUGAAUCCUCUGAUCCAUUUCUAAAGCUUUACGUUUGUGUCUGCACAUAUGUGAAAGAAAAUGAAAUAUUAGUCAUUUUGUUCAGCAGCGUGUGCAUGUGUGCAGUUGUCUUUUGUCUGUGCACUUCUUUGAGAAUGUUGUUGAGAGUGCGUUGGACGAAAUCUUGCACCUUCUAGCCUGUGUCACUGAAUGACAGCCAGGCACGACAUUAUAAUUCUCAGUCAUUCACCAUCACAGAGCUUACAUACAGCAGCCUCCAUGAGAAAAAAAAAACAAAACAAACAAAUGAUAGGCUCUUUUCAUCAACAGCAUUUCUUUGUGUGCUUCCAUUUUCAUCAUAUGCACAAACUCCAUUCACUGACAUUUUUCUAUCUUCUCGGUUCUACUUUGCAUUGUAUAUAAACAUGAUUGCUGUGAAUGGUGUAAUAUGCAGCUGUAACCCAUUGGUACCAUCUUAAAUGGGCAGUAGUUCAAUAUGUCUUGUGAGUGUUUGAGUUAUGAGUCAAAAUGUUUGUGUAGCCUACACCUUAACACAUUGUCUGAUAUAAAAUAAAUGUGGAACUUAUGCAACACUAUAAAAA